GUGCGCAAUCACAACGAACGGGCCAGAACAGAUUCGUCUCCAAUAUCAUCCUUCGCAGAAUGAAACUAGGGACUGUAGCUGCCAUAUUUGUCAUGGCAAUCCUGGGCAACGAUUGGAACAGGGGUACAUCGGCAUUUGGACCCGUUUCGAAGAGAGUUGACCCGAUACAAGAAAAUAAGAAGAUCUUGUUGAGGAACCAUCUACGAUUAUCCACCCGCAACAUACUUACCCUGAACAGUGCUCCUUAUGAAGAACGCCUACCACUGAGUCAUCAGAACAGGUUUUUUAUUGAAUUUGAUUUCAACAACUUCAAUGGAGAUUGUGCGGCCAGCGCUCACUACGGUCCCACGGUUAAACGGGGUUCACUGCUACAGCUAUGCGACAAUCUUCCUAAUCCGUCAAUCAAAAUCGACAGUGACACAUUGAUCUUGACCAAGCAAGAGCAUGAUUUAGUGAUUGAAUUGACGAGCCAUGAUGGAACCACGCUCUAUGCCAACGUUACAUACAAGCUUUAUCCAUAUGUCUUGGGACAAGAAAUGCUUUGCACAAAACCUGAAGAUUGUCCAUACACGGGCACGGAAUGCAAGAAUUCUAAAUGUCUUUGCAAGCCGGACUACGUAUGGCGUCCUAAGGUCAAUACCUGCUUCAAGAACUGCUCACAAACCAAUCUAUGCCCUGCAUCCGCUGACUGCUGGGUAGGAGUCUGCUCAUGCUACCCCGGUAAAAAGCCGGUGGCGGGACUGCCAGUCUUCCGGUAA